AUGUUGUCUCUCGAUCCCGCGGGCUUCAUUGCUGCCUUUGUUGUUCUUUCGGUCGUGGUGUUUCUAACCUUAUACAUCUGUGCCUAUAGACUCUUUUUUGCCAACUCCGACCGCAAUGACUACACGUUUAUAGGCUCCGACUUCAUGGGCUCGCAGUCGUCAGAUGUUCCACGUGAGUUUCUCAAUGACGAAGAAGCAUUGACCCAUUUGGCUGAAACGUACGACUUCACGGGUUUGUCUCCUGAAGAGCAAUCAUCCUAUUUGAAGGGUGAAGAAUUCACCAAAACGAAUCCACCCCAUUUCCAAAAUACCCGAGGCAAGUCGUUCACACCAGACGAUGACAAAACCAUUAAAGAUUGUGGGACUACGGCCUUUUUCUUCGAGCCAGAGACAGACGUCCUCUCUUCCAGAUACCUUGUAGCCGAUAGAACGGAACUUAGCUUCCACAACAACGACGCUCCGUACUCCACAGCCACUGCCGUGAUGAACUACGCUCUUCCUACAAAGAACAGAUUGUAUUCCGAUACUAUCUACUUCGAAACAAAGGUGUAUGAGUACGACAAUUCUGGCAACCCAAAUGCCCAUUUCUCUAUUGGUUUAGUUACCAAACCGUACCCCUCCUCGUUCAGAUUGCCUGGUUAUAACAAGUUCUCCAUCGGAUACGAGUCUACAGGAAAUUUGAAGAUCAACAAACCUUUCCCAACACCCUUACAACAGCAUCAGGGAGAACAGAGCGAGUACAACGCUUUAGUAUUACCACCUUUACAGGAGUCAGACGUAGUGGGUUUUGGCUACGUAGCCACCACCGGAACUAUUUUCAUUACUCGUAACGGUAAGAAGAUUCUCGAUGUAAUGAGAGGCUGUUUUGUGGACAUGUACCCUGCUGUAGGGUGUUUCCUGACAAAUGCCAAGUUCCAAGUCAACAUAGGCCAAUUGGGCUUUGUAUGGAUCGAAGCCAAUGUGAGAAAGUAUGGGUUUGUAUCUACCAGCGAGUACAAAAAGAUCCAGGGUGAUCGUGGCUUGGUAGCCUUGCCCCAGUACGAUUCGGUCAUUAGCAAUGAAGAGGACAAGAUCCUCGACAAAGGUGAGGAGCUCCCUCCGCGUUACCCAGAGGACGAAUUGGACUUCUUUGGCCGCUCUAGUAAGGACAUUGUUCGUAUUGGUUCAUCUUCUAGGUCGCAAGCACCACAUACUACUGAACAUUUGAGCAACGAAAAAGAAGAACACGUAGAUGAGGACGAAGAAGUGAAAGAGCCUAAAGGCACCGAGCUUGGCCCCUCUUCUGAAGUCACGGACGAGCCUGAAGAGAUCAUGGACUUGCGUGAGAGAAUCUACGAGCAACAGAUC